AUGCAGGGGCUAUUCAUUCCUCUUUUUGACAGAGUUUUGGUUGAAAGAUUUGCAGCUGAAACAAAAACAAAAGGUGGUUUGUUCAUUCCUGAGAAAUCCCAAGGGAAGGUGCUAGAUGCAACUGUUGUAGCUGUAGGUGAGGGAAAUCGAACUGAGAAGGGAGAUUUGAUACCAGUGAAUGUUAAAGUAGGAGACAGAGUUAUCCUUCCUGAAUAUGGUGGUACAAAAGUUAUUCUUGAUGAAAAAGAGUACUUCUUGUUUAGGAAUACAGAUAUUCUCGGAAAGUUAAAAGAAUAA